AUGUCAGGUAUGACUUCUGUUUUAACGCAAGUUAAUUUAAUUUUAGAAAAUACAUUCUACGAUGUAAUUGUUUUGACGGAAACCUGGCUCCGUCCUCAUCAUCUUGACUUAGAAAUUGCCUCUUCCUUAUGGAACAUCACUAGAUUUGAUCGCCCAAAUGACGGUAAAGGUGGUGGAGUAUUAAUUGCCGUUAAAACAUCAUUAUCUUGCUCUACAAUUAAUCUUGAUCUAUCCGGCCUGAACACUUUCACGUCCCAGCAAUGCUGGAUGAAAAUAAUUUUGAACAACAAAGACGUAUAUAUAGGAGAUUUUUAUCUCAGAAAGAACCAAUCCACAGAAGAUUACAUCGCUUUUAUUCAGAGAUCAAUGGCACUACUCGACGGCAUCAAAGACGAAGACAUUUGCUUCAUUUUUGGUGAUUUUAAUCUGUCAAAUUUGUGCUGGGGAAAAAUUGAUCCUGACGAUUGCUAUUACGCUCCAAGCAACAUAACAACUGAACUGGAGGAGAACGUACUCCAAAUGUUUGCUGAUCGUGGCUUUGGACAAAUCUGCGACUUAUCUAACAACUCAGGUAAUGUCCUUGACCUUGUCUAUACUAAUGCAAUCGAUAAUUUUGAGCUAUCGGAAGUCGACUCCAUAUUUGGAAAAACAAGUGUCCAUCACAGAUGUAUAGCUGUAAAUUUUUUAUAUGCUUACCGAAAGUUACCCGAUACUGUCUCAAAUAAAAUUAUUCACGAUUUUGAACAUGCCGACUACGACUCUAUUUUCGAAUUUCUUCGUAACACUGAUGUAUCUUCCGAAGCGACUGUGGAUGAAAUUGCAGAUGACUUUGAAAAACGACUUUUAUUGGCGAUCGACACUUAUGUUCCCAAAAAGAUUGUUAUGACUAGAAACAAAGCUCCAUGGCAUGACUCGACAUAUUUUCGUUUAAAAAAUAGAAGGAACCGUGACUACACGAGAUGGAAAAAAAGUAAUUCAGAUGAGCUGAAACUAAUUUUCCUCAAAAGCCGUUCUGACUUGGAUACAUACGACGCACAGGCGUAUGAAAAUUAUGUGAGAAAUUCAGCAAACGCAAUUAAAUCUCAACCAAAGAAGUUCUGGAAGUGCCUUGAUCAUAAACGGCAAAUAAGAGGGUAUCCUAAUUCAAUGAGCUAUAAAAACGUCUUUGUUAACGAUUCUCACAAUAUAUGUAACUCAUUCAAAGAAUUUUUCGCGACAGUGUAUGAAGAGGAUCAUUUUGUAGACACUGCUAUGAAUGAACAUAUACAACUAGACGAGUAUUUGACUGACUUUACCAUAUCAAGAGAUGUACUUCUCCUUGAAUUGAAAAAUCUCGAUGCUAAUAAAGGACCCGGUCCUGAUGGUAUUCAUGCUGCCUUUCUUAAGAAAACUGCUGAUGUAAUUGUCGAUCCAUUAUUGAACAUAUUCAAUAUGUCAUUGAACAAGGGCUAUUUUCCGAAAAAUUGGAGAUCUUCUAUUGUCGUUCCCAUUUUUAAGUCAGGCGACAGAUCGAAAAUCGAAAAUUAUAGAGGAAUUGCAAUUUUGAACACAAUUGCAAAAUUAUUCGAGAAAAUAGUCGCGGAUCAUCUUGCGAAAUUCCUUUCGCGGAAAAUUGAUGUUCAUCAGCAUGGCUUUCGAGCUGGGCACUCGACUUCAUCAAAUUUGUGUCAAUAUGCAUCAAAUCUGCUGCUAUCCUUGGAAAACAACAAACAAGUCGACGCUAUUUAUACAGACUUUUCCAAGGCGUUUGACAAAGUGAACCAUAAAUUAUUACGCAGAAAAUUAGUCAAAAUUGGAGUCCGCGGAAAAAUUUUAGACUGGAUUUACACAUACUUGAGCAACCGUACUCAAAAGGUCAGACUCAACGGAGUUUUUUCAGACUCUCUUGCAGUCACUUCUGGCGUACCUCAAGGAAGUCAUCUGGGACCUAUUUUGUUUAUCAUUUUCAUCAAUGACCUGUCUCAACAUAUCUUGAAUUGUCACUAUUUGUUAUAUGCUGAUGACAUGAAAAUUUAUAAAAUUGUCAAUGAAACAUCAGACACGCAGCUAAUACAAGAUGACCUUAAUCGAAUAAAUACCUGGUGCACUAAAAAUCUAAUGUUCCUGAACGUCUCAAAAUGUAACACAAUUACGUUCACUAAAAAAAGAAAAGAGAAUAUCAUUGCAUCUGACUACUAUAUUAAUGACGUUUCAUUAAAAAGAGUGCAAUCCGUUAAUGACCUUGGCGUUACAUUCGACUAUAAAAUAAACUUCAAUUCGCACGUCGACAAAAUUGUUAACGAAAGCCGUCGAGUGUUGGGUUUUAUCAAACGCAGAGCCAAAGAAUUCAAAGACCCAUUUGUUACUAAGAUACUGUACCAAUCACUAGUCAGAUCAAAAUUGGAGUAUGCUUCAGUUGCUUGGAACACAAGCGGUGCAACUAAAUCUUCAAAAAUUGAGUCGAUCCAAAAGCAAUUUUUGUUAUUCGCCCUCAAAAAUCUUGGAUGGCGAAGAGACACCUACGCUCUUCCAGCGUACACCGACAGAUUAAAACUGUUAAACAUGGAGACUCUGGAGCAG